UCUCCCUGCUCUUCACCCACCUUCUCCGCUGCCAUGGAUACGGAGUCAACCUACUCUGAACAUUCCCACUACUCGGGACACUCCAAAAAAUCCCAGAGACAAGGGAGCCGGGACAGGCACAAAUCGCCCCGGAGCAAAGAUGGCAGUCGGUCUGAGAAGUCGGUCACCAUCCAGGCGCCCCCUGCAGAGCCGUUAUUGGGGAAUGAUUCUUCUCGGACGGAAGAAACUCAGGACGACAACUGGGGUGAAACGACGACCGCCAUCACGGGCACUUCAGGUCACAGCGUCUCCCAGGAGGACAUUUCCAGAAUUGGCAAGGACCUGGAGGACGGCGUCGGCGUGGACUGCAGGCGCUACCUCGUUCUCACGGUGGCCGCCGUCCUUGGGCUCCUGGUCUUCCUCACCCCCGUUGCCUUCAUCCUGCUCCCUCAAAUCCUGUGGCGGCACGAACUGCAGGCCUGCGGCACAGCCUGCGAGGGACUCUUCAUCUCCGUGGCUUUCAAACUCCUGAUCCUCUUGAUCGGGACCUGGGCGCUCUUUUUCCGCCCACCCAAGGCCGACCUCCCGAGGCUGUUCGUGUUUCGCGCCCUCGUUUCGGUCCUCAUAUUUCUGCUAGUCUUCUCCUACUGGCUCUUUUACGGCGUUCGCAUUUUGGACGCCAAGGACCUCAACUAUCAGGGAAUCGUCCAGUUUGCCGUCUCGCUGGUGGACGCGCUCCUUUUCGUGCAUUAUCUCGCUAUCGUGGUGCUCGAGCUGAGGCAGCUGCAGCCGAUGUUCACAGUCAAGGUGGUUCGGUCGACGGACGGAGAAUCGCGCUACUAUAGUCUGGGACACUUGAGUAUCCAACGUGCUGCUGUGGCUGUUUUGGAAAAUUACUACAGAGACUUUGCCGUCUACAACCCAACGUUGAUCACGGCUUCGAAAGCACGUGCCGCAAAGCACAUGGCGGGCCUGAAGGUCUACAAUGUCGAUGGGCCCGAUAACAACGCUGCCAGUCAGUCCCGGGCCAUGAUUGCCGCCGCCGCUCACCGCCGGGAUUCCAGCCACAACGAGCUGUACUACGAAGAAGCCGACCACGAGCGCAGGGUCCGGAAACGUCGAGCGAGGCUGGUGGUUGCGGUUGAAGAAGCGUUCACCCACAUCAGGCGCCUCCAGGUGGACGAGCAGCAGAAGGCCCCGGGGGAGGUGAUGGACCCCCGAGAGGCGGCUCAGGCCAUCUUCCCGUCCAUGGCGAGGGCCCUGCAGAAGUACCUCCGCACGACCCGGCAGCAGCAUUACCACACCAUGGAGAACAUCCUGCAGCACCUGGCCUUCUGCAUCACCAACAACAUGACCCCGCAGGCCUUCCUGGAGCGUUACCUCCGUCCGGGCCCGACCUUGCAGUAUGACAGGGACCGUUGGUUGUCCAAGCACUGGACGCUCAUUAGCGAGGAAGCCGUCACCAAAGGAUUAAGGGACGACGUGGUGUUUGUCCUCAAAUGCUUGGACUUCAGUCUUGUCGCAAGUGUGAAGAAGAUCCCCUUCAUCAAACUCUCGGAGGAGUUCAUAGACCCGAAAUCUCACAAGUUUGCCUUUCGCUUGCAGUCUGAAACCUCCGUCUAG